AAAAUGCUGCCGUCGCAAGAAGCCUCCAAGAUUUACCAUGACAACUACAUGCGGAACUCCCGGGCUAUCGGGGUACUGUGGGCUAUCUUCACCAUAUGCUUCGCCAUCAUCAAUGUGGUGGUUUUCAUUCAGCCCUACUGGAUAGGAGACAGCGUCAACACUCCGCACGCCGGCUAUUUCGGCUUGUUCCACUACUGCGUGGGCGAUGGCAAUUCGAACCGCGAGCUCACCUGUCAGGGGACGUUCUCAGACUUCAGCUCUAUCCCAUCCGGCGCGUUCAAGGCGGCUUCCUUUUUCGUGUUGCUGUCCAUGGUACUGAUUCUCAGCUGCAUCGCCUGCAUGGCGCUCUUCUUUUUCUGCAACACCGCUACCGUCUACAAAACCUGCGCUUGGAUGCAGCUGCUGUGCGCUGUGUGCCUGGUGCUGGGCUGUAUGAUUUUUCCAGACGGUUGGGAUGCGGAGGUCAUCCAGGACAUGUGUGGAGAGGAGACUGGGAAAUAUUCACUGGGAAACUGCUCGGUGCGCUGGGCUUACAUCCUGGCCAUCAUCGGCAUUCUGGACGCCCUCAUCCUCUCGUUCCUGGCCUUUGUCCUCGGGAACCGCCAGAAUGACUUCCUCCAGGAAGAGCUCAAGGCUGACAAUAAAGAUUUUGCAGUAUCCAGGCUUCACCUGGCUUCUGGGCUCCGAUUGGACGGAAUUGAAAUCCGGGACACAAAGGACCCUCGUUUUGGAGUCCAGCGGUUUCACUGA